AGCUCUUUCGCUAUCUGAAGCGCCCACCGCCUCGGUUCUCUUUCCCUUUGGCGCCUGAGGAGGAAAGAUGGCCCUUUCCGCCGCCAAAUGCCCUUCUUCCUCCUCCUCCGCCGCCGCCCGCUUGUCCCUCGGCCACCCCUCUCUGAGAUCGUCGACUCUCCUUCGGCCCUUUCCUAACAGCGCUCUUGCACAAAGAAUCCCCUCCCGGUCUUUCAAAAAUUGGAACUUGAGCGUUGUCUGCAAGCAAGAAGCUGGCGCUGUACCUGUAUCCAGCGGUGCAGAAGAAGCUCCUUCCAAGAAUGUGGAAAAUGGUGGCUUGUUUGGUUUAUCUUCAGAGGAAUACGGACAUGCGAUUGGUCUUGAUGCAAGUGAAAGGGAGUCUACAGUUAGUAUCACCGUGGUUGGAGCCUCUGGGGACCUUGCUAAAAAGAAGAUAUUUCCUGCUCUUUUCGCACUUUAUUAUGAAGAUUGCCUUCCAAAGCAUUUCACUAUAUUUGGUUAUGCUCGAAGUAAGAUGACUGAUGCUGAACUAAGAACCAUGGUUAGCAAAACACUUACGUGCAGAAUUGACAAAAGCGAAAAUUGUAGUGAGAAGAUGGAGCAGUUUUUAAAGAGAUGCUUCUAUCAUUCAGGUCAAUAUGACUCCGAGGAAAACUUUGCAGAGCUCGACAAGAAGCUGAAAGAACAUGAGUGUGGGAGGCUACCAAACCGGCUAUUUUAUCUGUCAAUUCCACCAAACAUAUUUAUAGAUGUUGUAAAAUCUGCAAGCCAGUCAGGUUCGUCCAAGGAUGGCUGGACCAGGGUGAUAGUUGAAAAACCGUUCGGCCGGGACUCUCAAUCUUCUGCUGCUUUGACAAGAGGUCUGAAACAAUACCUGGAGGAAGAUCAAAUAUUUAGAAUAGACCACUAUUUAGGGAAGGAACUUGUUGAGAAUCUAUCCAUUCUUCGUUUCUCGAAUCUCGUCUUUGAACCACUGUGGUCUAGGCAAUAUAUCAGGAAUGUGCAGCUGAUCUUCUCCGAAGAUUUUGGUACAGAAGGACGGGGAGGGUACUUUGAUAACUAUGGCAUCAUUAGAGAUAUUAUGCAGAAUCAUCUGCUUCAAAUUUUAGCCUUAUUUGCAAUGGAGACUCCUGUUAGCAUGGAUGCAGAAGAUAUCAGGAAUGAAAAGGUGAAAGUUCUUCGUUCUAUGAAGCCAUUGCAAUUGGAAGAUGUGGUGAUAGGACAGUAUAAGAGCCACACUAAGGGUGGAGUCACAUAUCCUGGAUAUACAGAUGAUAAGAGUGUACCCAAAGGCAGCCUUACUCCAACAUUCGCUGCAGCUGCCCUUUUUAUAGAUAAUGCAAGGUGGGACGGAGUUCCGUUCCUCAUGAAAGCUGGAAAAGCAUUGCACACUCGUCGAACAGAGAUUAGAGUGCAGUUUCGCCAUGUCCCUGGCAAUCUAUACAAGCGUAGUUUUGGAACUGAUCUUGAUCGAGCUACAAAUGAACUCGUAAUUAGGGUGCAACCCGAUGAGGCUAUUUACUUGAAAAUCAAUAACAAGAUUCCUGGAUUGGGGAUGAGAUUGGACCGCAGUAAUCUGAAUCUUCUUUAUGCAUCAAGAUACUCAAAAGAGAUACCAGAUGCAUAUGAGAGGCUGCUGCUUGAUGCCAUUGAGGGUGAACGAAGGCUGUUCAUCCGUUCUGAUGAAUUGGAUGCUGCCUGGGAGCUGUUCACGCCACUGCUCAAAGAGUUGGAAGAGAAGAAGAUAGGCCCUGAGCUCUACCCUUACGGGAGUCGCGGACCAAUAGGAGCACACUACCUUGCCGCAAAUUACAAUGUUCGCUGGGGAGACCUCAGUGCAUCAGAGACCACAUAACUUGAUGUUUUUGCUGUCAUUUUGGCAUGAGACUCCAAUAAAUAAUCCAGAGAACCAAAGCAAGCAGUAUGUUUCUGGGA